AUGAAGGGUGGGCUGUGUAUCAUUUACACGUCGCUACUGACCGUCUCAGUGCUCUCAAGUUGCGCACUUUUUAUCUUGGUGGUAUCAGAGGUCCUUCAUACAGAGGAUGUCAAUACUGAGCCUGACCUCUCAGGUUUGCACAAUGUCUCCCAAAGAUCUGCUGAAGUUGAAGAAAAAGAUACAAAGUUACAUGCAGAUGAGCCUCCAGAUAUCCAAGACAUACCCAAGGAGGCGCCAGAGGAACCCGAUCAACAGAUGACAUUCCCCGAUACACUAUCAGUGAACUCUGUUACUACUGAUGGGUUACCUGAUACGGGACAGCCGCCGAUACUCAUCUCUUUGACGGAGAAUGCAAAGUUGGAUCUAAGAGCACCGGAAGAUUUAUUAUUCGUUAAUGACUCGGAACAACACAACGAAACGUCGAGCUUCGCGAUCGCCAGCUCCGAUGAAGAUGAAGAGGACAAAAUAAUAACGGACCCGGUGGAAAAGGAAAGUACGGAACCCAGACUCAUCGUUAAAGCUAAGUCCAUGCACGAAACAAGACAACUGGAUGAAGCCUUUCAGAGCACCACCGCUACUCCUGAUGUGGAAUCCACAACUGAAUCUCACGAAGAGGAAAAGCUGGAAGAAAACAUUCCAAUAAAACCGGAAACACCUCAAGAAGAUAUACCCUCGUUCUCGGAAUGGGCGCAAAAACAAUUAGCUGAGGCUGAGAAGAAAGAUACCGUUUUGAAUCAUUCAAGUCAACCUAGUCAUAGUAAUACGAAUAUUAGCAGCAAGAGCACCAAGUUGCGGUCGAAAAAUUAUGCUUCGCUUGCGUGCGGAGCGAAAGUAGUUGCCGUGAACCCUGAAGCGGGGUCUGCCAGCUCUAUCCUAUCUCCCAACAGAGACGAGUACAUGCUGAACACGUGUAACAGUCGAAUAUGGUUCGUCGUGGAGCUCUGUGAAGCUGUUCAAGCACAAAAAAUAGAAAUAGCUAAUUUCGAGCUAUUCUCAUCAACUCCGAAGGACAUCGCUGUAUAUUUCAGCGAUCGUUUUCCUACUCGGGAAUGGGCCAGUGUCGGCCAAUUUACCGCAGAAGAAAUGAGAGACGUACAAAGCUUUGAUCUGUACCCUCACUUGUUCGGCAAGUUUAUUAAAGUUGAGAUGCUCUCUCACCACGGCUCUGAACACUACUGUCCGAUAUCAUUAUUCAAGGUGUACGGCACCUCUGAAUUUGAAGUAUUGGAAAAAGAGAGCUCCCAGCAUUCAGCUCACGUGGAUGAUGAUGAAGAUGAUGAGAUAAUAGACGUCCCCGACAUACCCGCGGCGGAGACUGAGCCCUCGAAGAAUCUGUUCGGAUCCGCGAGGGACGCCGUCAUGUCUAUUAUGAAGAAAGCUGCUCAAGCGUUAGUCAAAACAGAAGUUCCUAAAAAUAUAUCAAGUGAACGUAACGAUACUUCUACGGACAAUAUGUACAAAAAGUGUUGCUCACCCAGCCAUAUAAUAGUGUGUGACAAUUGUAGUGAAACUCUUUACAAUGACGUUUAUGAACUACUUAGUUGUAGCACGGAUAGGCUUACGAGUUUAUUGCGGCAAGUGUUCUUAAAAGAUACUUUAAAGUGUACUAGUGUGUGCCAGAUGUACGGGUUGGACUUUAAAAGUACAAAGACAAUUGAAUUUCACGAAGAGCGCGUAGCAUACAUCAAUGCUUUGUUCCCUCCCAAAUAUUUAGCAGCUUUGUGUAACAUUUUAGCUAUUAAAGAAAAAAAGGUCGUCUUAAACACAAGCUUCGAAACCGAAAUGAAUGUUACAUCAAACAUAACUGUAGAGGAGUCGACUCAGAACGUGAACAGUAACAUAAAUACUGAACAAGAUCUGACUCCCAUCAAAAGUAACGAAACGGACGAUCAUAAAGACAGCGACGCGAUACACAUGGAAGAGAAAAACGUGACGCCUGAACAAGUCCCAGAAACAGUUACGGAAGCUACCAUAGAUGAUAGUAAAAUAGAAAUUUGCAAAGACGAUAUUCAGACGACAUUAGACGAUAAGCAAACAGCACCAGAGCCCCAAGAAGAAUCUUUAGCUGAAGAAAAACAAGGAGACGCUUACAGUGAAAACGAAAUGAAGGAUUCGUCCAACGGAAAGGACGCUACGGAGAGGUCGAAAGAACCAGCAAAUAACGCAGAGGAAAUAACAGAUCAAGUUAUAAUGGAUAGCGAUAGUUUCAUAUCCGACUUAGACCAGAUAGCGGUGGACCCCACACCCGCGGGAAACACGGCCGCGGUCAACCAAAACCAGGCACAGGCGACCUUACAGAAGGAAUCGGUGUUUCUGAGGCUGUCGAAUAGAGUUAAGACACUAGAACGAAACAUGUCCCUGUCAGGGCAAUAUUUGGAAGAAUUGAGUAGAAGAUAUAAGAAGCAAGUGGAAGAAAUGCAGAGGUCCUUCGAGAAGACCAUGCUGCAGGUGACUGAAGAGAGGAGAAAGAGCAACGAACGCGAACAAAAAUAUCUUGAACAAAUGACCAUAUUACAAGAACAACUCUCACAGGUGACGCUCGCUGUAACGAUACUCAUGGAAGAGAGGGACAGCUGGUUUGGAAACAUCACUUUCGUCAAAUUCUUAAUAUACCAAGCUGUAAUAUUUGCUUUGGCAUUUUACUACAUGACCAAGAGAAAGCAAGAAGCUGUCGUCGCGCCCGUGCCAAAGAAAAUAAAGAAAAAACAAGACAGGUUUAGAAGAAAAUCAGUGGAAGGUGUCAGCGGACACUCGACGCCAUCCGUUAAGAAGAGGCGACCGAGCGAGGAAGCGUUCCAAAUAGCGAGGUUGUCGUGCGAUGACAACGACUGUGACGAAGAUCCUGGAGAAUGGCAAGUGGCCAAGAAGAAUAGGAGGAGAAAAACGUCCAUAGUUCACAGAAACUUAGAACUAGAGGUUAAAACAACACACAAUCAAGAAGGGUUGCUACAAUUACAAGAAAACACCAUAACAUUAGACGAAGCUGAAUUCUUGGCUCCGGUUACUGAGCCAAAGGAAUUUACUGGGAAUGAAGUGAAAGAAAAGGAAUUACCGAAGACUAACGGCUCUUUCUUUAACAAUUUAAAAAAUAAGACGAUGAAGACGAGACGGUUGUCGUCACCGGCCUUCCUGAGGACCUUCAACCGUCAGAGCGUCCGAAGUACGCCCAGCCCUGACGUAAGGAACGUCGAGCCGAUUUUCAACGGGAAAAUAAGCAAAAAAGCGGCUUCAGAAUCACCCACGGGCAGUCUCUGGUCCGAAUCUACGGACAUCUCACAGAACGGACAAUCGGAAAACGGCCACGGCAACAAAAAGAAGAAAAGCCUCAAGAACAUACUUAGAAAAGUAUUUUGA